AUGUCAAUAUCGAUAGGGUGUGGGGAAAAAGAUUUGGAACAGCGACAUUUGCGUCGACUGGCAGUUCUUGCAGUUGCAUUCUCAACAGUAGCGCUUAUCGCUGCAGUAAUCACUCUACCAGCACUUCACUCUUAUGUGCAGUCACUUCAUAGUCAUAUUAUUGUUGAAACAGAGUACUGCAAGUCACGUUCGCGCGAUAUGCUUGCCGAAAUGUCUGGAUUACAAUUGGCCAAUGUCCGACGUUUAAAACGCGAAUGGAGGUUUGGUCAUUGGAUGCCAACCACUGAAAAUAACAAUCAAGAAUAUGAACAUGCUACUGCUGCUGUGAUCAAUCCAGAUUUGAAUGUCUGCUGCACUUGCAACCAGGGGCCAGCAGGACCUGUUGGACCUGAGGGGGAUCCUGGCAAUGACGGUAAAGAUGGAAUCAGCGGAAAAGACGGAAAAAAUGGCGGUGACGCUCACUUGAAACCAGUAAUGCAUGUCGAUCUUUGUCUUAUUUGUCCCCCGGGACGUCCUGGUGUACCUGGUAAUAUGGGGCCCAAAGGUCCACCAGGACCAAAAGGUGCACCAGGAGAUCCACCUAAAGAUGGAGUACAUGGUGAAACGGGCACACCAGGACAACCUGGAGCAAUCGGAAGACCUGGAAGGACUGGACCGCCCGGAACUCGAGGCGCGCCUGGUCGUAUCAUUUACAUGACUGGAUCACAAGGACCGCCUGGUCCUCAAGGUCCACAAGGACCAGCUGGUCCGAAAGGUAUUCCUGGACCAGAUGGACAAUCCUUCCCAGGACCUCCUGGACUGCCCGGAGAGACAGGGCAGCCAGGAUCAGAAGGAAGACCCGGGAAAGUAGGUCAACGCGGUGUCCCGGGUGAACUUGGAGAACGCGGCACGUGCAAACACUGUCCGAUGAAAUUGAAAGCUCAUCUAGCUGUAAUAUCCGAAUCACUCUACAAUGCACUUUUAGCUCCAAGGAUGCCUUCUGGAUUUUAA